AUGGGAGGCGAGGGCGCGGGCGAGGGUGCAGCGAGUGGUGUGGAGACGGGCAACAGGGCCUGCCAUGGCGCCGCUUGGGCAUCAACUGCCACGGGCCAGCGCCUGACGGUCAGCAAGCUAGCAGAGCACAUGUACCACAGACCCGCUGUCGCCGGCGCGCCUGGCCUGCCUGCACAUUGGCCGACACCACACACGACUCGACCGCUCCAGCAGCGUGGGGACGGCGGUUUGGCUCGGGCACAGCCGACGGCGGCAGAUUUUACGGUGGGUUUGCAAAUGCAAUCGACAUUGGCUGCGAGUGCCUGUGCCCGUGUCAGGCAGGCCGGUGCCAGCCGCUGGUGUGGGCUGGCCGGUGGUGACGUUGGCAUGCCUGCUGGUGCUGCUGUGCUGCUCCCACUAUGCUCUGCCCUCGCCAGUCGCCUCACCGACACAAGGCACACACACCCACACGCUCUCACGCUCGCCCGGCUCUGCCAGUAG